GACAAGGAAGGGGAAUUCAGUCUCUACUUGGCCGUCUAGAGACCGUGUACUGAAUUUUACUUUCGUCUGUAAUUUCUUUUAGUUCAUUUUGUGGUUAGGUGUUUAAAAAUGUGGGUCUUGCUAUACGUUGUGAUUUUGUGCAGGUGCGUCCUAGCAGUGCCCCCGCCCCCGAAUGUCCAUACCCAUAACCAGCAGCCCCCGUUUUUCGUGUCGCCUGGUGCACCACCCCAACAGAAUGCUCCAGUGGCAGCGCCUUUGCAGCAACAGUCUCCAGAGGCUCCAAACGCAACAGCUGCUGCCAGCAGAGGAGGAAGAUAGACAAAAGCAGCAAAGGCUGCAUCGACCGGAUGAAGAAAGCUGGCAGCAGCAGCAACAACAGCAACAGCAGCUGUUACUAAGGCAACAGCAGCAGCAGCAGCAACAGAUAAGACUGCAGCAGCAACUGCAGCCGCAGCUACAGCCACAACAACAAAUUAGACCGCAACAGCAGCUGCAGCCGCCGCCACCACCACCGCUGCCACCUCAACAGGCUUCUCCGGCUGCUGGAUCGCAGCCGUUUGGGGGUUCCAACCAGCUUCCAUAUCCAAAUGCUAUCCCAAAUGUAGUUGUUCGACCACAACAGACAGGGGGGACUGCAAGCACUGAUUUUAAUCAGUUGUCUUUGGACGGUCGAAGGAGAGUUGAGGAUACCCAAGUCCAGUGUCUCAAAACCCACAUGAGCGUUACUUUUAGGUUUUCCGAGCCGUUCAAUGGGUACAUUUAUCCUCACAACCAGUUCAAUAAAUGUUUGCUGUUCACUGGCCAGAACAACCUCGAAGCAAACCUGAAGCUGAAACACGGCAGCUGUGGGGAUCAAGAGAAUAGGAUUGUAUAUAAAGGAAAGUCGUUCCUGGACCCAGUCAUAGAGCAUCGUCUGAUGAUCCAAUGGGAUAGGACUCUAGUCAGCGAAGACGACUCGUCAGUAAUAGUCAGGUGUGACAGACCUGACGACUUCAACAAAACCAUUGAGUGGAAAUUUGGCACUAAGGAGCUAUCAGCUACUAUUGAGAGAGCGCAGCAUCCUGGCCCAAAAAUGUGGAUGGAGAUUCAGAAGGGGGAGGGACCCUCCGCACCCCCUCUGGGAACAGAUCCAGUUUAUAUCGGUGACGUCCUGACUCUGGUGUUUACUCUUACUGACAACGUUUAUUGGUUUGAUUCUAACAUUUUCUCCUGUCAUGCCUUGGAUGGAGGACAAGAACAAUCUCAGGUUCAGUGGGAUACAAGUGAGGGUGCCAAACAAUUAUCAGAGUCUAAGAGGGACUUCGCAGGACAAACCACUGUUAUUGAGAAUGGAUGCUCUGUCAAACUGUCCCUCUUUUCUCACUUCAAGAAAGAGAGGAAUACUAUGCCUAAUGGAGACUUGGUCACGCUAAAUUAUGUCUACUUUAAGGCUUUCAGAUUCCCAACUUCAUUGAGAGUUGUACUGCAGUGUGAUGUACAAGUGUGUUAUAAAGAAUGCCCAGUUCAAGAUCCUUGCAGUGAGGGAUUCCAUCCAAGAUUAGCUGAAGAGGAGCAGAGACGAAGAGAAGCCAGAGCAAGUGCAUCUCCUGAUGCUCAUGAGAUUGACAGGGUAGAAAUGAUUAGAAGCUUGCAAGUUCUACUUAGGGAUGAGGCAAACGAAGGUGGUGAACACAGAAUCCCAGUGACUUCUCCAGUUGUCUCAAGUGCAUUGGAACACUUUUGUUAUUCUCCUACAACAUACUAUGGUACAGUUAUUGGCCUGGUUUGUGUAAUAGUCAUUCUUGUCGUAACACUAGCUGUGGUGUGCUUGAAGAUUAGAAUGCAUGAAGUGUCAUUCUUUACUCCAACUAAAAGUUGCCAAUGAACCGAAACUUGUUAUAAGGAAAUUUAAGUUUUUAAAUUUUUUACUCUAAUAAAUUAUAGUAUGUUA